UAUUAUUUGAUGUAAUCCGACACACACAAAUCCUAAUUCAUAGUGGAUUCUAUAGUCAAUAAAGGAGAGAGAGUAAGAACAUUGACAGUAGAGAUAGAGUGAGAGAGACAGUAGAUACAGUUCAGUUCCCCUAUCUCUCUCAUCCCAUCCCCCUCUCUCUCUUCUCUCUGUCAUCCCAUUUCUUCACCAUAGCUGAGAUUCAGACCAAAGCUCACUAGGGUUUUCAUUUUUAUCAAAUCAGAUAACCUCUAAUUCAAAACAAAUCUCAGAUCUUUUCUUUUAUUUUCUCUCUCUAGAAAUUAUGUUACUUUUCUUCUUCCUAGUUCUAGAUUCCCACAAUUUUCAUACUCUACUGUAAAUUUCUUCAACAAAAUCCAAUGGAGAAGAGCUUGACAGAGAGAGAAGCUGACCUGUCUGAUCUGUAAGUAUCUGUAUCUAUCUCCAUCUCCAGCAAUGGCUUCUCCAUGUACCAACUGCGAGAUAAUUGAAGCAAACGGCGACACCAAAGCAUCGCCGCCAUUAGAAGACGACAUCAACAAGCUUUUCCAAUCAAUAUCCCUAAGAACAGCAUCUAGAAGCCUCGAUUUUUCAGAAACCCCCAAAAAUCCAUCCAAAAAGCCAAUUAGGGUUUCGAAUUCACCAGCAAUUCGAUUCUCUUCCGACCACGUUUCCCUCAAGCAGGCUCUGAGAGGAUUGUGCAUUUCUCAGGCGGCGGAAAUGGCCGCCGUCAAGCGCCUCUCCAUGCCGGCGUCGCCGCGGCCGUCGGAAACCGCCAUUUUCGCCAAACCUCCAAUUCCCCCUCCACUACGUGUAACAGCAACAACAACAACCAAAGCCAUUACAGAAUCAUCCAAUUUUGAUCAAACUCCUGAAUCAAUUGAUCCAACUAAGGAUCCUGCCAAUGCUGCCAUUGCCACAUCCUUAAAUUCCAAGCUAAGAAAGAAAUCAAGGCUACAAACCAUGUCUCCGGCGAUGUCUCGAGCUGGCAAAUCUCUCCGAAGCAAGCAUCGAAUCGUAAAGAAAUCGAGGAAGAUCGCAGCAGCCAAUGGAAGCUCUGAAAAUAUCGUCGAAACAGGGGAAGUGUUCUGCCAUAGAUGCCGGCAUUCUUCGGCGAACAAUUCAAUCCACAAUUCCAUCGAAAAGCCUAUCGAUGGCGAAGAUCACUGCAAUCAAAUUAAACCCGAUCAUACUCCAACUGUUCAAUCGAAUCAAACUUCACAGACCAGCAUUUGUGAUCUUAGCAGCAGCAUGACUACGCUCAGCGAUGAUGGGAGCAAUUCACGUCGCUCGGGUUGUCGAAAUAGGCCACACAUGUCGAAAGACGCCCGGUGGGAGGCGAUAAAUCGAAUGAAAAAGCAGUAUGGUUGUCUAGAGCUAAGCCAUUUCAGUUUGUUAAAAAAGCUUGGAUCCGGCGACAUUGGGACGGUUUACUUGGCCGAAUUGAUCGGAACGAAUUGCCCGUUCGCAAUAAAGGUUACAGACAACGAGUUCUUGGCGAGAAGGAAGAAGAUGGCUAGAGCUCAUACCGAGAGCGAAAUCCUCAAGAUUUUGGACCAUCCGUUCCUCCCGACGCUUUACGCGCAGUUUACGUCAGAUAAUCUUUCGUGCUUGGUUAUGGAGUUUUGCCCAGGCGGCGAUCUUCAUGUCCUCCGGCAGAAGCAGCCCGGGCGAUGUUUUCCCGAACAUGCUGCAAGAUUCUACGUUGCUGAGGUUCUUCUUGCGCUCGAAUAUCUACACAUGCUCGGAAUUGUGUACCGCGACCUCAAACCGGAGAACAUCCUUGUUCGCGAAGACGGUCAUAUAAUGCUGACAGAUUUCGAUCUGUCGCUUCGAUGUUCCGUCUGCCCGACUCUUGUGCAAUCGUCGUUAGGAUUCGAGCCUCCGAGAGUCUCCGGGCCGUGCGCCGGCUCUAACUGCAUUGAUCCGUUUUGCGCUGGGCCUUCGUGUAAGAUGUCGUGCUUCAGCCCGCGAAUCCUGCCGACCACGGCAAGAGCGAGGAAGGUGAACGGCGGCGGCGGGACUCUGUUGCCGCAGCUUGUGGCAGAGCCGACGGAGGCGCGGUCGAACUCAUUCGUCGGAACGCACGAAUACUUAGCUCCGGAGAUUGUCAAAGGAGAAGGCCAUGGUAGCGCGGUCGACUGGUGGACGCUCGGGAUCUUCCUUUACGAGCUGCUUUACGGGAAGUCGCCGUUUAGGGGCGCCGGUAACGAGGAGACGCUUGCAAAUGUUUUAACGAAAAAUUUGAAGUUCCCGGAUGCGCCGAUGAUCGGUUUCCAGGCGAGGAAUCUGAUCAGAAGCCUGUUAGUGAAGGAACCCGAGCAUCGGCUGGGCACGGAAACGGGCGCUGCCGAGAUCAAACGGCAUCCUUUCUUCAAUGGCCUGAAUUGGGCGCUGAUACGUUGCGCUGUACCUCCAAAAAUUCCGGAGUUUUGUUACGCCGGAGAUUUGCAGAUUUCCGGUCGAGAUCUCGGAAAAAAGGUCAGGGAUCAUUCCGGAGAGGGUUUAUUUCAGCUGUUCUGAAAAAGAUCGGAAAAACUCUUGUUUAUAGAUAAAUAAAUAAUGCAUACUAGUAAUAGUUUAAGCUUAAAAGUUUGUUAUAUUGAAAAACCAACGAUACAUAUACCGUUUGUUUAGCCAUUUUGUAUAAGAGGUUUCAAUCCAUAUUUAUUUACUUAAA